AUGAGCAAACGAACCGGAGCCGACCAAGUUUGGCGUGAAUUACUCUCCGCUCGAUUUCAUGGCUAUUUUUUUAGCUUAAAUCUCAAGGAAUGGCUGCUGCUUAAUUUACAAAAUGAGCUGCAAGUGCACGUAGAGGGCUGUGAAACUUUGUUUGGAGUUACAGCUUGGAAAAUUUGGAGUGGUCGUAAUGCGGUUCUCUUUGCCGAUAGUGCCUUUGUCGUCCCCCAAAAAGUGAAGGAGGUGGACAAAAUGGUUAGCAGUAUUGAUAUGGCCGUGUCAGUUGAAAAGAGAUUAGGUGGGUUGGGAGUGGGCCGACAACUCUUUUGGAUUGCAUGGAGCGUUCCCCUGUCGGGUUGGGUUAAAUUAAAUACGGAUGGAUCAUUGAUUAAGUCCACGGGCAUGGCGUCAGCGGGAGGGCUUGUCAAGCCGAGGAACAUCGUGGAUCGCUACACUCUUCUUGUUGCGUAG